AAGGAAACUGUCGGGGUUUUAAAUUGCUUAACCCAUUGCACAGUUUUGGCCUCUUUUCUCUAUGCACAGUCUACUAAAGUCACGUGACGAAAAUAAGACAAGAUAUUAGGAUUGACUUUUCAAUUUUCAUUGAAAUCGAUUGAUGGACAUUUAGUUUCAGCAAUAUGACAGUUACCCCAAAUCAACCCUAUUAUCGGGUUGAACAAAUAGCUAGAUUUCUACACGAUUUCCCACAUAUAGAUUUCAAGUUCGAGAGCGUCAAUUCAAGUUUCGAUCUCCAACGCAAUGACUACAAAGAGUCGAUCAUAUUUCUGGCUGCAAUACCAGUGGCCUUUUGUGUACUGGUGUUUCUGCUGACAUUUGCCUGCCUCUGUUUUCACUGCUGCUGCAAAGACAGACCAACAAAGAGGCAUAAAACAACAUGCACGCGCUGUGUGCUGGGCCUCUUCAUUAUACUUGCAAUAGGAAGCAUUGCUGUCGGAUUCUUUGGAAAUGAGGAAGGGAAUAAAGGUGUCCAGUCUACCAUUGAUGCCAUCCAGAAUACAAAUGAUACUCUAUCUGGAUCCUUAGAUACGUUGAAAGCGCUGGACGGCAUUGCUGACAACAUCACUUCUAUAUGGGUGGAUGCCUUGAAACAGGUGAUAAAUGACCACCUAAAAACCAAUGUCACAGUGCAGAACGAGGUUCUUAAAUUGGUUGAAGAUAUCCGCAGCCACUCGUCACAAGUUCGAGGGGACCUGCAGGACAUUCAGAACAAGGUCAACAAGAUUAAUUUGGACCCCAUUCUGGAAAAGACAGGGCAGGCAGAAAAUUACAGAUGGAUUGGCACAAUAUCCAUGUUGUGUUGGGAGAUGCUUGUACUUGUUGUGUACAUAAUUGCCAGUCUGAAGAAAUCAAAGUACUGCAUCAUUUGGGGCCUUGCUCCUGGAGUGAUGUCACUUCUGCUUGCUUGGGCCAGCACAGGGGUGUAUCUUGGUGGAUCUGUGGCGGUGAGUGAUUUCUGCAUGAAUCCAGAUGCUUUUAUUAUCAGCCAGUUGGAGCAAAAAGUUUCACCUGCUGUCAUUCAAAGCUAUGUCCAGUGCAAGAACCAGACGGACCCUCAGACAUUCUCACAGGCCUUACGUGAUGCGUUAAUGUAUGUCCAAAAAGCCAACGAGACAUUAGAUGAUAUACUGAGUAAAACAGCCAAGUACAACAUCUCUAAAUAUCUUGAGGCGCCAGUGCGUGCCCUGAGGGAGGGCCUGAGGGAGGCCAAUGCAAACGUGAUCAGUCUCAGUAACACCGUGUACUGUGGACAGAUCCACACCAACUAUGUGAAAGCCCUGCACGGCAUCUGCAAUAGAGCUUUGGUGGGCAUGUCGUUGGUGUUACUGGUUCUACCCAUACUUGGACUAUCCUUGAUGUUUGUGCAGUGCCUCGCCCCCAGGAUCUGGCUGCUUCUUAGUAGACAGAAAGAGAUUAAAGAAGUUGAUGUUCGAGACCCGUUCUUACCUCGGCCCCCCAACUACAAUGGGUAUGGAACAAUCACAGAAGAAAGGACCCCCUUGCAGAGCCCACCUGACUUCCGGAAUGAUGGUGACAUUAUGACAAGGUCAGCCAGAAGUGUCUCUGAUGACUCCCCACCACCCGCUUACAAAAGAGUGAGCAGUUAUUCUGAACAAGUACUUGAUCUUGGGACAUUUCCCACUCGAAACAGUGGGAUAAAUCACUAUGCUAGUAGCAACAUUUAGGUAUUAUCCAGGCAGUUUUGUAGAGCAAUAUUCCAGACUGGGCACGUUCCCUCAGACUGAGAGGCGCAACUAUUAGUUGCAUGUAGCCGCAAGCCUCCCACCAAUCAGAAGCAAGAAUUUAAGUCAAGCAAAGUAUUUACUAUGGUGCAAUAAUGUUUGCAGAAAUGGGACAGGAACUGACCAAUGAAGUUUGUUGCUAGAUAUUUAAAUACCAGUCCUGUACAACUGCCACUUUGUAAGAAAUAGUGCCGGGAAUUUUUAUAGUUGAUUGUUACCAGUAUAUUUUGUAAGUUGUUUGUGUCUUAUAAUAUUGUUGUCUGCUUUUUUAUGCUUAACUUUUUUGAAAAAAGGAAAGCUAGUCUACUGGCCCAAGCAUCUGCGUCAAAGCCUGGUUCAAGAUUUUUGGCAAUGCUAGUCUCUCAGGAAUGGCUGAAGGGAUUUCAUUCAAACUAACAACGUAUAUUCCCUUUAAAAAAUGGCCCCAUUCGCCAGGUUUGGUUAAACUUAGGGGCCAUUUUACACUUAAUAAUUUAAGAAGCACUGUUUAGCCAGAUUUAUGUUUUUUGGUUUUCUAGUUUCUUAGGAAUGGAUUAGGUAAUUUCAUUCAAAUUUACAACAUGUAGUUCCCUUAUUUAAAUGAAACAAUAUUUCAAUUUCGGCAAGGCAUAAAGGAAGAUAAAGGUAAAGGUGAUUGUAACUUGGUAUUUAAAAAUGCUGUCUUCUUAUAUUUUUUAGAACAAAUUGAGCCAUUGUGAUGCAACAAUAUAAAUAUUUUUCGACAACUUCAUUUUUGCUUGCAUAUUGACUACUUGGGUCAAGGUCAACAUAUAUUUUAGUAAAUAGAUUUAUGAUAUGGUUUAAACUCUAAAGUCAAGGUUUAUGUUUCUUGUAGCCUUGUAGGAUAUUUUGCAAAUUAGAAAAACACUAACUUAUUUGAUAGCUAAAAUAACUUAACCCCUAAACAAACAGUUAAGCUUAGAAACUCGGACAAAAACAAGAAAAGUUGAGCGCUGUCCUUGCACAGCUCUUUUUUAUAAAAAAAAAUAAUUGUACUUUUGAUUCUGUAAAUAUUUUUUCUGAUUGUGUACAAAAUACCAGUGAUACAUUUAUCAAGGUCUUUCUAAGGCUAUGUUGUACAAGUUCUACAAAUUGGUAACUGAUUAGAUAGAAAUUUUAUUUAAAUAUAUGCUAAAACAAUUACCCAUAACACAUACAUUUUGUAUGUUGUUCACAUCUAAUUAUCCAAAAUCAGUCUCUAGAAUUUUCCUCCUCUUGGAUUUCUCCUCAAUCACACCCUUGAAUAUAGUGCCUUUUUAUGUGCAUGCAUGUAUAAGCAUGUAACUUUUUUAGUCUUUACAGUUUUGAUAUCAUAAUUUAUCUAAAUUCCUGUAUUACUUUGUUAUAAUAAUAUCCGUAAUAAUGCUUAACAAAUAAAACCCUUGUUAAAUAGUAUCUACAUGUACUUAUGUGUGGAGUCUGUACAGGCUUAUCAUGGACCACUCUCCUUCCUGGACUCGAUUUGUGUUUUUCAAAGAACAAUUCAUUAAAAGCAUAUUAUCGUUCCUGAUUAGAUUGUGCUGACUGCCCAUAUUUUUCUAUCAUAUAUUUUAUAUAAUCCAUGAAAAAAAUUAAAGCGGUUGUUUAGUUAGAAUGUUUUAUAUGUUUAAUUGUUUGUAUAUGACUGUUAAUACCUUAGAUAUGUAAAUAGUGUUUGUAAGUAAUAAUUUGUGUAGGUAACUUGAUUUAUCAAACUAAUAGUAUAGACAAUCAAAUUUUAAAUAAAAAAGAUAAUAGUUUUUUAAAAAGUUAAAUAGUUAUAGAUGUAGAUAAUAUUUUUUAUACAUAUUUAUGUAAAGUAAUGUUCUCUAUUUUUUGCAGCUUGUUUUACAUGUAGUUCAACUAUUCAUUGAAUAGUUCAAGCUUUAUUUGGUACUUGUUUGAUUGUAUUGAUGAAAUGCUCUGGCUGAGUAACUAACUUACUACAUUAUCAAAUCGAAACAUCAAAAACGCGUGCAGGCUUAUCAUGUAAGAUCAUUGACAGAAAAUGUAAUAACAUUAGACUUACUGAGUGGACAAAUAUUUAAGCACACACUGUCAUGGGGCAUCUCCUGCUGGUAAACCAAUCAGUCUAGUUUUGUAAUCUUUAUUGUUGAGCUAUUUUGAUAAGUCAAUGCAUGGCAUUUGUCACAGUGCAUUGGGUGUUAUGCAUCUGCAGUUUGUAGCUUGUUACUACUCUAGAGGCCCCAUUUGUUUUCAAAUAUUGAUAAAACUUGGUCAGACUGUGUAUGUUGACAAUGUCUAUACCAUGUUCAAAUUUAAUUUUUGGCGUCUAGAAGCAUGGUUCCCAGGUUAAAUCUAAGAAAAACCACGUUCCAUCUCUAGAAGCCAUAUGUAUUACUCAAUCUUGAUUGAACUUUGUCAGAGGCUGUCUUGACAAUAUUAAGGCGGAGUUUGAGUGUUGAUCACAUGCGGCUUACAAAUAGGUUACCAUGUUAAAUCUUAUAAUAUAAAAAACUUUUUACCACUCUGGAAACUACAUGUAUGAUUCAAUCUUGAUAAAACUUGGUCAGAAUGGUAAUCUUGGCAACAUCUUAGCCUAGUUUGAAUCUGAGAAACAUGCAUCCAAAGGUCAAAUCUUUGACAAACGUAUGUUAUCAAUCUAGAAGCAGCAUUUAUUACUCAAUCUUGAAACAAAAAUGGUCAAAAUGUUUAUUUUAACAAUAUCAAGGCUGCAUUGAAAUCUGAGUCAAGUGUUUAAAAAACUAGGUCACCAGGUCAACUCUUUGACAAUUGGUGUACCUUGAGGUGAGUGCACUAUGGCCACCAUAGCCCUCUUGUUUAGAAUAGUGCUGUGUUUUGUAUCUGCAUAAUAACUGUGUCUAAGUCAAAAAUUGAUGUUCUGUUGUAGGAAGCGGACAACGACAACGAGCGAGGCAUGGUAUUGUAAUGCGCAUGGGAGGGGGGGGGGGGGGGGGUAAGAGUGUUAUGGUAAGGUUUAGGAUUAGGGGUGGGGUUUGGGUUAGGGUUAGCCUUAACCCUAACCCGACCCAUAACACUCACUCUAACCUAACCAUAUCCCAGGGUUAUCUCGCCUAUACCAUGCCUCGCUCGUUGUAACUGUCCUCUUCCCGUUUUUAUUGGAGAACAUUAUGCCAUUAGUAUUGUCAGAGGUCUGAGUUUUAGAAAAGUGUGUGGGGUAAACAAUUUUAGGAACAGAUUUUGGCUUGGUCUAAACAUUCUGCUCUUAAGAAUAGGAUGUGCCAUAUGAGAUGUAACGCUGUUUCUUUCUGUCCAUUAGCCCGAUGCCUUUUAGAAAAAGAGAACUUCAUGAUCCAUAUUCUUUUUUGGUAAAUCUUAUUUUGUUUAUUCAUUUGGGGACAGGGCACUUGUUUCUGUUUGUGACACACAAUAAAACUGUUUUUAUCUGUCCUUUUACCUUUUAAAAUUUUGUAAAGCUCUCUUUAUAUAAAUGACGUCUGCAAAGAAGGAACUACUGUACCAAAAGAAGAUAAAGAUGCCAAGUUUGUGGGAAAAAAGUGCAUUAAAUAUUUAUACAUAUGUACAUUAAAUUGUCUGUAUGUUAAUCAUUGAUCUCCAAUUGUUGAGAUUACUAUUUUGUAUGUAAACAGUAGUAUUGCUCAUUGUAUGUCGUCAUUGCUCAUUACUUCAUGCCCUCUGCAGUAGCCCCUUACCACUUAGAUACGUGUUUUUACGCAUUUGUAGUCCCUUGGAAAGUUAUAUUUAAUUUAAGACCGUUCUUACUUGAUUCAAGUUGCUAAGGCUUCAUUUCCAAACCUUAGAAACUGAUCAGCAGCAAACAGCAUAAAACCUGAAAAGACUGCGGGUUACUCGCAGGCUGUUCUGGUUUUAUGCUGUUUGCACAUAGCCCUUUUCACAUUGUUUCUGAGUGGGAAAGGGGUAGCAGAGUUCUCUAACUCCUGUGGUAACUUAUGAUACUUUACAUGUUUACUGCUUUUUCUUUUGUAUGAGAGGAAGAUGAUUAUACAUGAAGUUCCUGUAGAAAAGCCAAUAUUAAAACUAGUCUUAUAGUUCCCUGUGGCAGAACAAACAUUUGCAAUACAGGGAUUUUUUAUAGCCAGUAUUUGGUCAUAUUCCUUGUGGCAUCUUUUCUCUUUUCUUGUCCCAAGCUUCCUUAUGGAUUUUUUUUCCGACUAGAUGUUUGCAAUUAUGAGAGAAUCAUUAAUGUGUAGAAAUGAAGACUUGAAAAGGAAAUAACCACUUUACUAAUGUGUUUUUGUUCUAAAAUUUGUAUUUUAUUCCCCUUAAAUUAAUACUCAUUUACAUGUAAAAAGUACAAACAAAUAGUCUUUUCCCAAAAUCUUUCUUAAGCUCCAAAUGUCAUGAGUAUAAUUCAUAUUCCAAAAAUUGGCUAGAAAAGGCAGGGUAAAUAAUGUGAGUUAUUGUUAGUUUUGAAUAACAACGCUAAAACUUCAUUAGCAGUAUGGUAAUUCUAUAACUACAUUCGUGUUUACUUUGAUGUUAGCAUUUAUUUUUCACAAAAGGCUUGAUAGAAUUUUUGAUAAAAAAGUUAAUAUUCUUAAAUAAUGAAAAGUUAUUGUUUCAAUAAGCCCUGUGUUAAAAAUGACCUGUUUGGGAAUGAAACUGUGAUUUGGUCCGUCUCAAUUGAUACAGUAAUCUUCAACAUGUACCAAUUAAAAAACAAAUAUUAUUUUUUAAUAUAAACUUUAAAAGAUGUUUUUUGUUGUUUUUUUGUUGAUAAUGUAACUGUUGAUUCUUUUGUAUAAAUAGUCUAUGGUUAUUAAUCAUAUUAGUAUGUAAAGUUGUUUCAUGUUUAUUGUAUAAAAUUUAUUUUUGUAACAUGUUUAUUGAGUGGUAUGAUUUAUUAAUGUCAUAAAAUUAAUAAUCAUU